AGAGCAUGCAACAAUACUUGACGUUGAAUCUGUUGCAGUCCACGAAAGCUUCCGAACGAAUAGGCAUCCAUGAACGAUGCAAGCCACAGAAUCGAGAAGGAAAGGAGGAAAGCUCGCUCCAUUUCCCCAAACCAACCCCUCCUUCCUCCUCCCAUUGCCAUCAUUCCCUCUCCCUCCCGAGCGCGAGAACAGACGUUUCUCGGAUCGACAUCCACUUCGUUGCAGCUGUAAUGUCGUCGUCGUCGUCCUCGGCCGCGCUGCGGCGGCUCCGCGCGUUGCAAUCGGAGCCGGGCAACGGCACGUGCGUCGACUGCCGGCAGAGGAACCCGCAGUGGGCCUCCGUCUCCUACGGCGUCUUCAUAUGCCUCGAGUGCUCCGGCAAGCACCGCGGCCUCGGCGUGCACCUCAGCUUCGUCCGCUCCGUCACCAUGGACUCCUGGACCGAGCCCCAGCUACGGAGGAUGGAGUGCGGCGGCAACGACCGCCUCAACGCCUUCCUUGCCCGACGUGGGGUCCACAGGGGGGUAAACGUCACCGCCAAGUACAGCUCCGGCGCGGCCGCCGUCUACCGCGACCGCAUCCAGGCCCUCGCCGAGGGCCGACCCUGGAAGGACCCGCCCGUCGUCAAGGAAUCCACCGAACCCAGCGCAAGGAAGCCGCCGAAGAGUCCAUCUGGGUGGGACAAGUGGGACGACGAGAAUGACGACCACCUCUGCCGAUCGUCAUCGUCGGCGGCUUCGAACAUGAGGAGGAAUCAGUCAGUGGGCGACCUUCAAAAAGGGACCGGAGUUGGGUGCGAGACGUCGUUGAGAUCUCGGUCCACGGAGGACCUCGUCACCAUGUCGCAGCACCCGGGGGACAAGGAUUGCUUCUUCGCGAUGAAGAUGGCGGAGAACAAAGCUCGGCCGGAGGGGAUUCCCCCCUCACAGGGCGGCAAGUACGUCGGGUUCGGUUCGAGCCCGACGCAGCCCCAACGAAGUGCUUCUUCUCAAGAUGACUUGAUCUCUGUUGUUUCUCAGGGAUUUGGGCGGCUUUCCAUGGUUGCUGCUUCUGCUGCACAGUCUGCAGCUAAUGUCGUGCAAGCAAGCACAAAGGAGCUGACCUCCAAGGUGAUGGAGGCGGAGGUCAAUGGAACGGUGAACACAGUUGCCACAAGAACCACUGAAAUUGGACACAGGACAUGGGGAAUCAUGAAGGGAGUAAUGGCGAUGGCGACGCAGAAGGUGGAGGAGUUCGCCAAGGAGGGAAUGGCAUGGAACGAGGACGACGUCGGUGGGCACCAAGAGGAGAUCGGGCAGGCGAGCAAGGGUGGUAACUCCGGGCAGGACCAUGCCCCCCCGGCGAAGCCCUCAUGGGGUGACUGGGAGGAGGAGGAGGAGGAAGAGCACGGCAAGCAAGCCGACGGUCAGGAGAGUUGGGCGGGAUGGGAUGACACCGACGACGAUGAAAAGGAGAGCGCAGCGGGCAAGAGAAGUAAUCAGAAAGCCAGCGGGUGA